CGAAGAAGGAUGUCGUGGUGCACCAUUGAGUCGGAUCCAGGUGUGUUCACGUCGUUGAUCGAAGACAUCGGCGUCAAGGGGAUCCAAGUCGAGGAGCUGUACUCGUUAGACGACGCGUCGUUCCAGCACAUCUCCCCCGUGUUCGGCUUGAUCUUCCUGUUCAAGUGGACUCCAGGGCAUGCUCCCGCUCCCGCCACGGGGUCGGGAUUGCAUCACUUGGUAUCUCCCGAUCUGUUCUUUGCCAAGCAAGUGAUUAGCAAUGCAUGCGCGACGCAAGCGAUAUUAGCGAUCCUGCUCAACCUCGAGUCCCCGCAUGUUGUGCUGGGCGACACAUUGUCGGAAUUCAAAGCCUUCACGCGCGAAUUCCCGUCCGAUCUGAAAGGCCUGGCCAUUUCCAACAGCGACACCAUCCGCACCGUGCACAACUCGUUUGCGCGCGCCGAGCCGUUCGUCAUCGACGAGGACAAGCGACCGGCCAAAGACGACGACGAAGUGUACCAUUUCGUGGCGUAUGUGCCAUUCCAAGGCAAGGUGUACGAGCUCGACGGUCUGUCCGAGGGGCCAGUGUGCCUCGGCGACAUCGCCUCCCUGGACCCGACAGCGUGGUUGAAAGUAGCGACUCCUGUGAUCCAGCGCCGUAUUGAAAAGUACGCGUCAUCCGAAAUCCGUUUCAACUUGAUGGGACUGGUGCGCAACCGCGUGCAGUUGGCCCAAGACCACAUCGCGGCGCUGGCGGAGCAGGACCAGACGGCCGCGGUGGUCGGCCAGAUUCAGUCGUGGCAGCAGUGCAUCGCCACAGAAGCCCAGAAGCGCGCGAACUGGAAGAAGGAGAACGUCCGCCGCAAGCACAACUACAUUCCGUUUGUGAUCAAGUUGCUGCAGACGUUGGCCAAGAAAGGACAGCUGGACCCGCUCUUGCAAGCCCAACUGGACAAGGCCAUCGCCGCACAGCAAAACGACACAAACAAGGCGUAGAGUUAAAGAAGAAAUGGAGGAUCGAUUGAGAGGGUUAAGGAAUGUCGUCCAAUC